AUGUCUUUCUUUGAGACGGCACCACGACUUCCCGAAGACGCCGUCUUUGCUCUCACCACUGAGUAUCGUGAUGAUCUGUCCCCUAUGAAAGUAAAUCUUGGACAAGGGAGCUAUCGUAAUGAGGACGGCUUUCUUGGGUUCUACCUGCUGUCCGCCGAGCUCGGAGAAGGCUGCCACCUGUCAGAGCCUCUCCGGAACUGGAAGCCUACACUUGGCGGGAUCACUAAUCAGGAAUUGCAGUUCUUUGAAUUGUCAAGCGUGGGUUUUGGUCGAAUCAUCAUUUGGUGUCUUCUCCCAUUGGCUUUCAAGUUCGCGCUUUUCGAUAUUAUAACCCUGAAGCAAAAGCACUACGCUCGGCCGAACCAAACUCGAUUGUCAUCUUACAUGCUUGCGCCCAUAACCCGACGGGAUGUGAUCCUGCACAAGACCAAUGGAGAGAAAUUGGUGAGAUCGUCAAAGAACGACAACUCUUUCCCCUUUUCGAUGCAGACUAUUUAG